AUGAAAGACGAUGCAACGUCAUCAAAACAAUCACGUCGAAAAGAACCACCAUUUUUGGUUUAUCUUCGGUUUCGUCCAUUUCUUAUUGAUGAAACAGCCAAAGGUGAAAAUCAACGUACUGUUGAAAUAUUAAAUGAAAAACGUGUUGGUAUUAAAAUUUAUCCAACAAUUGCUAGACAAAUACGAUCCGUACAAUCGUCUUACAAUGAAUACGAGGUUACACGUGUUUUUAAUGAAAACUGUACACAACAAGAGUUUUAUACAUCCACAUUUGAAAUACCGACAAAUAAAGUUUUUGAAGGUUCAAAUUGGUUAUUAUUUACAAUGGGUUUAUCGAAUAGUGGUAAAACUCAUACAAUGUUUGGUACAGACGAUCAACCAGGUAUUAUUCCUCAAUGUUUCUCACAAAUAUUUCGCUAUAUUGGUUCAAAUAUUGACAAUAAUGUCGUAUAUAAACCGGCGGGGUUUGAAACAUAUGUCAUGUGUAAAGAAACGGUCUUAGAUCAAGAAAUAACAUCAAGAAAUUAUAUAUUUGAACAAGAUCGAACAGAUGUGUUACCAAAAAUUGUUCAAAAACAAAGUUUAGAUGACAUAUCACUGCAAGACGAAUAUUAUUCGGUGUGGAUAUCGUUUUUUGAAUUGUAUAAUGAGCAUAUCUAUGACUUAUUAGUCCGACCGAAUGAAAUCAAAUCACGCAAACCGUUACGUUUAUUACAAAGUGAUACAACUACAGCAAUUCGUAAUCUCAUUCAGGUGCCCCUGUUCGAUUUAGAAGAAGCAAAAGAUGUUGUCAAAUUUGGUUUUAUUAAUCGUUCAACGUCGAAAACAGUUUUUAAUGAAGCCUCAUCGCGUAGCCACGCAAUAUUGUGUAUAACACUAAUAACAACAGAUGAAUUUAGUGAACAACCAACAAUGAGUCAUUUGUACAUAUGUGAUUUGGCUGGCAAUGAACCGUCAACCCAACAUAUUGGUAAACAAAUGAAUGAAACAUGUAACAUUAACACGUCAUUGAUGACAUUGAAAGAUUGUAUUCGUGUGCUGAAUGAAAAUCAAAAAGCAAAAAAACAAUUUAUUGUACCGUUUCGUAACAGUGUGUUAACAACUAUUUUUCGCCCAUUUUUUUGUGGUGUUGGUCAUAUCUCAAUCGUUGUUAAUGUUAAUCCAUGUGCAAGUUUUACGUCGCAAACCAAUGAUCUUUUAAAGUUUGCUUCAUUAGCACAAAAGACCACAAUUGUACAAUGUGAACCAGUCAUUGCCAAAGUGGCUUUAGCGCCAUUGUCCUCUUCGUUCACAGCAUUUAAACAUACCAGAUUGAAAAAUCUCAAACGUUUAACAAAUAGCAAAGUAAUUCCAAUACGUCGUAAUAAAGCGGUUGCAAAUGAUAAAGAAGAGGAAUCAAUGAGUGAACAAAAUGAUAAAAAUUCAAUUUUUUAUUGGCGUAAAGCGACCGAUACUGCAUUAAAAUUACUUCAAAAACAAGCAACAUGGCGUCGAUCAUUUAUGAUUGAAAGACAUGAAGAACGUGUUAAACUCAUUGGUGGUUUAAUGUAUCAACAUGGUAUAAUCAAAAAGCUGGAUGAAGAUGUUUCAUCGCUGAAUGAGCAACUUGUUUUUGCACAAGCAACUGAAGUUGCCCCACGUUCAGCCAAAAGUAUUCGCUUGUUAAUUGAGAAAAAUGAUGAAUAUUCAAAAAAACUCACUCAGCUUCAAUAUUCAUAUAAUGAAGUAUCAAUACAAAAAGAUGAAAUAAAGGCAAAUUAUAAGUCAUUGAAAGAUCAAUAUGUGACGACGGGAAAUAGAUAUAAAAAUGAAAUUGUUCAACAUCUAUCAAACGAAUCAAAACUGACUAAACAAAUAGAUCAGUUGAACAUCGAACAUGAAAGAGAAAUGGCACGUAUGAAACGUGAAUUAAAUUUAGAAGUUUACCGUAAGCAAGAUUUUGAAAAACGACUUCGUGUUACAACCGAAAAGUUAGAAAGUCAAGUGUCUGAAUUUGCUAAACAAAUGAAGUUUACAGAACAAAUACGUCAAGAGCAUCAACAAACACUUGUCAAAUGUGAUAACUUACAAAUAGAACUUUGUCGAGUAAGAAAUGAAAAUAAUGAAGAAAUAAAAGAAUUAACGGAUAAAUACGAAGAACAAAAGAAAUUAUAUUUAAAAAUGUCAAUUGACAAAGAAAUGUGGAAACAGAAAUAUGAAAUAAUGGUAGCAAAAGUAGCUCAAAUGGAAGCUGCAGCAACUGUACAUUUGCCACUCGAAGAUAAUACAAUAAGCAUUCGUAGUCAAUUAAAACGUCAAACAAAUGAAAUUGAUUAUGACGAAAUUGAUGUUAAAAGACCAAAACGAUUAACACGUUCGAAUUCAAGAAAUAAUUUAACAAGUGUUGGUGAUGAAAGCGAUAGUACCACGCAUUUAGAAACAACAACAUCGAGGAAGAAAAUAUCAAAACGUUUGAAAAAGAAUUUUCAAACAAAUGAGACAAUAAAUAGUCAGGUUCAUGAAAUUGAUCGAUUUUCAAAAUUAGUAAAACAAAUUCAAACCCAGAUUGAACCAAGAACAAAUAAGAAGACGAUGAUUGUUGUAGGUGGACGACAAAAUAAACAGCAACAAAAUGUAUUGAACAUUGAUCACCAACAUCAUCCUCAAACUUCAAGUGCUAUGAAUUUUGAAUCAUCGUCAACAGAACAUUUAACAGACGAAGUUGUACCAGUUGUGGUAUAUCAUACUCCUAAUAAUUCUCCAAUAUUGACUAAUCGUCAAUGUACUCCCUCACUUGCAAGUAAUUUAUAUGGUCAUCCAUAUUCUGAACAGUCUCCUGCAACACCAAAACCAUCAUCAACAUUUAAAGGACGAUUAAAAUCAUUGUUUCACCAUACACCAUCAUCUGUCGGUUCAAUACGUACCAAUCGUAUUCAGUCAAAAACCGUAGUGGCCUUUGGUUCUUCCGCAUCAUCUUCUAAGAUAUUACAACCCCUACGUAAUACUCAAGCAACAGCACUACCGUCUCCACCGAAAGUUCAAACACCAAAAAAUAAAUAUAAUUUACGAAAUCGAUUUUUUUCACAUCCAAAUUAUAAUGAUGAUAGUGCUGGAAUUACACUAUUAAUUGCUGUGACUAAGUCAGAUAAUAAAACAGAUGUUAUUGCUCCGGUUAGUUAUGGCGUAUUGCCAUAA